GCACCCUCUCCCGGCGCUGCCUGCCAGCAGCUGCGGGGACCUUUUUUUUUUUUUGUUUAAUUUAUUUAUUUAUUUAUUUAUUUAUUUCUGCCUGCCAGCUGGGGCGGCUCGUCCGUCCCGUCCCGUCCCGCCCGGUCCCGCCGGGCAGCGGAGGCCACUCGCCGGGGGAUGCGGCGCUCCCGGCCGGGGCUCCAUGGGCUGCACCGGCAGCGCCCUGCGCUGCUGCCCCGCCGGCGGCGAGGGACAGCUAAAAGCCCAGCAGCAAAGGGAACCAUCUGCCCAGGAGCUCACAGCCUUGAAGACAGAGAACGCCAAUGCCACCCGGUUGCCUGAGGAUGGGAAGGAGAAGGCAGUGCUGCGAGAGGAGCGGCCGGAGACCACGAAACUCCUCCAAGGCCAGGAGGAGGAGAAGGAGCGGCUGCAGGAUGCUAGCCGGGCAAGCACGGCCAGAAUCGCCCGGGACAUUAACAUCCAGGUGGAAAAGGGAAAAGACCUGGAGCUGGAGAAGCAGUUUGAUGCCCUGAAGAAAGAGCACUUGGAGACCCUGCAAGAGCUCCAGAGAGCCCAUGAGCAAGAGAAGCUGCUGCUGGCAGAGUCCCACCACAGGUCCCAGGCGGCCUUACAGGAGACAAUCCAGGCACUGAACUCCCAGCUGAAGUCCUUCCAGGAAAGGAUGAAGCGUGUGGAGGAGUCGCUCUUGAGCACAGACUACAAGAAGCACAUUCAGGAGCACGGGAGCCCCAGCCCCUUCUGGGAGCAGGAGCUGGAGAGCCUGCACUUUGUCAUCGAGAUGAAGAACGAGCACAUCCAUGGCCUCGACAGGAAGCUGCUGAACCUGGAGACAGUGGCGGAGAGGAACCUUCUGCUGGAGGAGAAGGUGAAGACACUCCAGCAGGAGAAUGAGGACCUGCAAGUUCGCACCCAGAACCACUUGGUCAUGGCGAAGCAGCUGUCGGAGGAGCUGCUGGCCGCCCGUGGGGCGCUGGAGAAGGAGGCGCAGCUGCGGGAGCAGGCUCGCCGCGAGAAGGAGGAGCUGCUGUACCGCAUGCUCAACGGGGGGGACGGCUCCCCCUUCCCCAUGGCUGCCGGCGAGGUGCCCCUCAUCGCCACGUAGCAGGCUGCUGGCCGGCACCAGGCGCUGCCGGGGUUUUGCUCCGGGUGUGUGAGUCCAGGGUUGCUGUGGCAAGUGCCCCUGUGGCCGGGGCAGGCCCCUGGGCUGGCCGAGCCAUUGGGGCGAUGGAGUAUUUCAUG